AUGCAAGUGAUCGUUCUCCUCCCAGAAGGGAAGAGGUGUCUGCAAAGGAUGAACACCAUUGCACCAAAUUUCACUGCUCUUGUUGGGGAGCUUGUUGGUGCUCACCUCAUUGCCCAUGGUGGUAGCUUGUUGAACCUUGCAAAGCAGCCUGGGAGCACAGUCCGAUUCUUGGAGCUAAAAAGGCCAUCUUCAGAGCACUAA